AUGGAUAGUUUUAUUGGUACAAGUAAAUUGAAAGAUGUGUUGAAGUACCUUUUGGAAAUAGAUCACCAUUUACCAGAUGAUACGUUAUUGAACAGAUUACUAGAUUUGAUUCAUUUAUAUGUUGCAGUGGAAAAUUUUGAAUCAUCUGGAUUGAAAUGGUUCUUGGAAAAGAUAUCAAUAAAUCUCAGUAAAAUAGAACCCAGUGUUUUAACAUUUUCUCUGUCAUUAUGUGGUAAACUGUGUGAGAAGGAAGACAUUAUUGAGGAAUAUUUAAAUGUUAUAAUCAAUUUGUUAGAUCAGAUUAAACCCAUGAUAAAAGAUUCCUCUAUAGCCACUGCCUGUUUUACAUGUUUGACUAGUAUGGUACAGAAUAAACAUGGCUUGCAGUACAUUAUUCAAAAUGAAGACUAUCCAAACAUAGUAUUAGACCGUAUGAAAAAUGGUGGAAGUAUGUUUGUAAAGAAUGCUGCUAGUACUUUAGUUUUUACACUACUAAACAUACCAGACCAAACAGAGAUAGUAGUUAAACUAUCAAAAUCCUUGUUAACAGAUUUAGAUGCAUUAUCACAAAAUACCUCAAAAUCUAAAAAUAUGGACUAUAUAUCCUGUAUGCUAUCAUUGUUUUAUAAACUUGGUGACUCUGACAACUGGAGACUGAAAAUUGAUACUGAUUACUUCUCACAAGUUAUAUAUUCCUGUUUAAAACUAUAUCAAACUUUACCAACGUUAUAUAUACAGAUAUUAUCAGAUGUUAUAGUCAAGUUUUUCAAAGUGAUAGAUGGUAAAGACAGAGAAGAGUUUAUCAAUAAAGUUGAAAAUGAUAUCAAACUAUUGGUGAGAGUUGAUGUGGUGAAAUCUCACCAUGCUGCCUGUUAUUUAAUUCAAAUAUGUCCAAGACUAGAACAUGUAGCUUCUAUACCAAGUGAUAUAAUGUUUAAUCAAAAUAAUGAUUAUCUAAAUACCAAGUCAGUGAUAUCUAAAACAGUAUUAUCAUCAGUUAUUGUACAGUAUUUAUCAUGUGAUAGUAAUACAGUUAACAUAAAUGAGCAGAUAGAACUGAUGAUAAAGUGUAUAAAGAUUAUACAAGAUAAAGAUGAUCACCAAUAUAAACAUUAUUUACUAUCCAAUAAAUCGUUAUUAUCCAAAAUCUUACAUUAUUUACACUAUAAACUAAAACUAGAUACAUGUAAAGAUUUGAAAGACGAAAAGUUUUAUGAGAUCUAUUGUUUACUAUUGGAUGCUAUUUCAGCCAUUUCAACUGAUAUCACAACAUUGAAGUCUGGUACAAGCUGUAUGUUAAUUAUUUUAUCUAAACUGAAUUGGAAAGAAUUAGAUCUUGCACAGUUUAUUAGAAUAUUGGAAAUGAAACUGUGUGACACAGGUUGGGAAAUUAGAGACACAGCAUUAGAAAUUAUUAACCAACUUGUCUCUAUAGUAAAAGAUGAUGAUGAAUAUAAAGUAGUACUACCUCUAUGUUGUAUUGGUUGGUCUAGUAGAACAGAUAGUAAUAGUUAUGUUAGAGCCAGUGUUUUAACACUCAUAUCAACAAUAGUCAAACAACAAUCAUUAUUAUACCAAUUCCUUACAUCACUCAAUAUCAAAAUAGAAAAUCUCAUUUUUGAACUAACUUCAAUACUGAAAGAAGAUAGUGAAGCAUUUCCAAGAAGAGCAGCUGUAAAAACACUGGACAAUAUUUAUCAAAUUUGUAAUAGUCCUGAUUGUCAAGUUGACAUAUGCUCUGCUAUGCAGCAUGCUAUGGAAGACUUUGAUUGGGAAGUCAAAAUUCUUGUGCUUAAAUUUUGGGAGAGGAAUAUCUUAAAACCAUUAGAAGAAGUCAGUAACAAUUGUGUUGAAAAUAAUAUUCCUUCAUAUGCUAGUGGAUUUCCUGAAUCUUUGCAGAAGAAGGAACAUCUUAGUAUCAGCCUUUUAGUUUCCAAAGAAUUUUGUAAAUCAAUACUCUUAGGCUAUAAUGAUUAUGAACAAUCUGUAAAGGAAAAGGCCUGUGAUAUGAUAGACAGAUUUCUAAAGAUUUGGAUGAAUAAAAAGAAUGGUAAGAAUGAAUGCAGUCAAGAUCUGAUGAAAUGGAUAGAUAAACUGCAGUGUUUAAAUAUCGAGACCUGUAUAGACUAUAACAGUGAUGAAUACAGUAAAAAUCCUGUAUCACUAUUAGAAGAUAUUUUAGCUACUGCUGGUGAACAGGAUGAAGACAAUUUCGUAGAUUGUUAUUGA